UUGAAAAUUAGAAAAUUGUCUAUUUGUUUAUCAUUCUAUAUUUAUGAAUAAAGUGAUGUGGCAAAAGUGAGUACAAAAAUGUGGCCAAUAUUAUUGGAUAUUUCUAAAGACGAGUGUCGUGGAAUACUUCGAAGGCUAGAAUUGGAAGCCUACGCUGGUCUUCUGAAUGCUUUUAGAGCCCAAGGGACAUUAGGUCAAAGAAAACGUGAAAUGUUGGUCCAAUUAAGAUCUGUACUACAUAUCAAUGCUGACAGACAUAAAGCUGAAAUUAGAAGGGUUACAAAUGAUGAGACCCUUUGCACAGUUUCAGAACAAAUUUCUGGAGAUAACUCUCGAAUGGAUUGGCUCACAGAAGGACGCAGAACAGUUCCUCUAAUUCCACGAGGGAGAUUAGAAACUGCUUAUGCUGCCCUUGCCGAUAGCCUUGCCAGAGAGGCUUUCAUGCAAAAUAGGGAAAUCAAAGUUAAACCCUGUACUGAAGUGACACGGCCGAAAAAGUACUUGCCAGAUCACACAAAUGUUGUUACAAAUGAAAACAGGCAAGUGCUACCUGCAGUACAAAGAGAAAGAACGAAAAUACGUCGAAGAAAUUCCACAGAAGUAAUCAGCAAUGAGAUUGAUAAUAAACAAACACAAAGCACUGUCAAUCCGAGAAUUUCCCAAACAGUUCCUGUGCCACCAAAAGUUCCAAUUCCUAGUACUAGCAAAAGUGUCCCCUCAACAACAGUAUAUCAUCAGGAAAGGAUUAAAGAUCAUAUGAGAAAGAAGUCGUCUCAAGUCACUACAAAUGCCAAAAUAAAGCAGUUAUAUAAUUCACAAAAUAAAGUAAAAAGUCAUCCCUAUCAAAAGCACCCCCCAAAUACACAAUCAUCAAAAUUAACACAUGUGCCGCAACAUGCACCUAAAAUCAAGACUAAUCGUGGACCGAAUCCCCAAAUUCCACAACCCAUCACACCAAAAGUUUCAAGUAUGAGACCUCCUUCUCAUGUUAGAAAUAUAUUUGAACCCAGUCCUGCUAAUAAUAUUACAAUAAAAGUAGAAGAACAGAAAGUUUCUAGGCUAUCACCGAAUGAGCAGGUCUCUGAGGAUGAUAAUAGGUUAAAACAACACCAGGUUAAAGAACCGGUUAGGACCAUAGUUUCAGUAGCAGCGCAGAUGCAAAGUAAUGAUAAAUAUCAUUAUGUAAUAUCUCCUUAUCAAAAGGUACAGGUUCAUAAACCACCUGAAGAGGUUAAAAAUGUUAAAAUAAUACCGCAACAACAAAGCACAAACAAGCCAAUGUUAGUACAAAAUAUAUCUAAUAAUAGAAUAAAACAACAUCCCAGUUUGCCGAAUGGCAAGACAGUGAAACUAGUUUCUAUAGCACUUCCUAACAAAAUGAAACCAGUGACGACGUUGGUACCAGUUUCAAACGCCCCUGGUAAAGUAACAAUAUCCAACAGCUCCUUUAAACCUGUCACAUUACAAAAUGUAACCAGUAACAAUAAAUUUGCUAAAGUACAAAUCGAUGCAAGUAAACCAAAUGUAAUAUUUCUACAAAAGCCUAAACCGGGCCAAAAUGAUGUGCCAAUUGUUGUAACUAAAGAUGGAAAGGAAAUCAAAUUGAUGACUCCCACGGACAGUAUGAACAAAAAAGAGCAUAUGAAGCCAACAAAUGUUAUUCUUUUAGAUGUUGCCAAUCCUCAAGCGGAUAAAGGGGCAGCCCUAGCUCAAAUAUUACAGGCUUCAGGGGUGCUUCCUGCUAAGAAUGAGAUUAUAAUUAAGAGUAGUCAGCCUGCGAAUUCUUUAGAGAAUAUUAUUAUUGAGGAAAGGCUGACAGAUGGAAAUGUGGGGAAUAAGAUGGUGUAUAGCAGUCGAAAUAAGGUACAAGUGGAAAAUAAUGUAAAUACUUUGAAUUCUACAGAUUGGGAAGAAGAAUUAGAUAAUGCUAGCGGUAAUAAGUAUGCAAUAAGGAAUCAAAAUAAUAUGGGAAAAGUUAAAGUUAUAGGAUAUAAGGCUAAUAAUGGUGAUCAAGUUUUGAGGAUAGAUGAAAAUUUCUCAAAAAAUACUGGGUCCCAAAAGCAUCACGAAACCAUAGUUUGUCUCAACCCCCAAGACACUUUCACGAUAAUCAAGGAUAAAACUGAUAAUGCAUCAAUAAUGUCCGACGCUGAACUCAUGAAUAUAUUAAAUGGAAGCAAAGAAGACUCAGAAAGUAGUACAACAAAUUUGAAUUGUAAUUACAAAUCAAACGACACAACAAUACAACGACAGGAUAUAUUUCAAAAGGCUUUGGAACAGGCUGAUAUUAAAUUGGACUCUGAGGAAUAUUUGGAUGAAAAUCUGGAUGAGAAUAUAUAUGUAACCGAAAGGUUGCAGGAUGGAACUUCUAUAAAUGAUCAUAUUAUUUAUGAGCCUAUUCAGCAGCAUCAAUCGGUGGAAGAUAGUGCUUCGAAUAUGAUAGUAGAGGAAGAAGAAAUUGUUAUUGAAAAUUAUUAUGUGGAACAGAAUAUGAUAAAUGCUGACGAAGAAACACACACAUAUAAUAUUGAUGCUACAGAUGUUGAAAUGUCUCUUAUGGAAGUGACGUGACUUAAAUUCAAAUCCAAUGUGGGUAUGUAAUAUAAAUUUUAGAUAUUUAGUUUGAGGGCUAGGCGAUAUCAUUGUAAAUAGACAAAAUAUUUUUUAAUUGAAAAUCUAAAACCAUAAAAAAAACACUGAAAGGACAUUAAAUCACAUGAAUUUUGAUAUAAAAAAUUAUAUAUAUUGUGGUAUAAAAAGAAAUAAUAUUAUU